AUGUAUCCCCCUUCUCACCCCACUUUAUCCCCUGCGCCGACAUCUAGCGCGCGCUCGACGGCGGUGGUUUUAAUACAACACGGAGCUUGCCCAGUCUAUGUCUUCCCUCCCGCCCCUCUCUUUUCCUCCGCUGAUAACUCCUAUGCGCCCAUCCCAUUUGGCAUCGGCGUAAUGGAUCAACAGCAGAGGUUCAGUGCUGUUCGCGGUUAUCUUUCUUUGGCUAACAUGACACCGGCCAUAGAUAGGAUGUUGUGA